AUGGACCAGCUGACUUGCAUCCUCAAAUACGUGAUUGUCGGCGACGCGGCCGUCGGCAAGUCGUGCCUCCUCGUCCGGCUCACCGACGACCGGUUCUCGGCGUCCGAGCCGACGCUCGGAGUCGAGUUUGGCAGCCGGAUCCUGAGCGUUGGGGAGAAUGGCAAGCGAGUCAAGGUGCAGUGCUGGGACACCGCCGGCACCGAGUCGUUCCGGAGCAUCACGCGGAGCUACUUUCGCGGCGCGGCGGGCGCCUUGCUCGUGUACGACGUCACACGGCGAGAGACGUUUGAGCACGCCACGAGUUGGCUCGACGACCUGCGGGCGCACGCCGACGAGAAUGUGUCGAUUAUUCUGGUCGCAAACAAGACCGACCUGUGCUCGGCCGAGCCGACCGCCGUGCCGCAAAUACAGUACGGCGUGGCGAUCCCGCACGCGGUGGACGACGACGCACCAGCAGCGACGCCCGAGGCCAUCGCCGCGGCCGCCAAGCUCCGCCCACGGGCGGUGAGCACGAUCGAGGGGGCGUUGUUCGCCAAGGAGCAUAACCUGCUCUAUGUCGAGACGAGCGCCAAGGAGGGCUGGGGCGUCGUCGACGCGUUCGAGUGGACGGCGCGCCAGAUCCUCGAGCGGGUCGAGCGCGGCGAGUUUGAGCGCCGCAAGCCGAGCGGAGUGAAGCUUGACUCGGCAAAGUCCAAGGGCGGGUGCUGUUAG